AUGGCCGAGGUGGAUGUUGCGCCGACUUUCGGCUCUGAACUCAAGGAUGGCUUCAAACCCGCCAGCGCAUGGGCCGCCAAUGGCAUCUCCUGGCUCGACGACAUCCAGGCCUUCUACCGCGAACGGAGUGCCAUCGAGAAGGAGUAUAGCGCCAAGCUCAAUGCGUUGGCCAAGAAGUACUUUGAGAAGAAGACCAGGAAGUCGGCAAGCCUGAGUGUUGGCGACAGCCCGACAAUGACGCCCGGCUCACUGGAAAGUGCCUCCCUCACGACGUGGACAACGCUCCUCACGACGCUAGAAGCGCGAGCGGACGAGCACGAGCGUUACGGCAACGACCUGGUCACCAAGGUGGCCGAGCCGCUCAAGCAGAUUGCCACGCGCUUCGAGGACGUGCGCAAGCGCCAUGCCGAAUACGCCGAGAAGCUCGAGAAGGAACGGGAAUCGUCGUACGCCGACCUGCGCAAGGUGAAGGCCAAGUAUGAUGCGACGUGCCAGGAGGUCGAGAGCAAGCGCAAGAAGACCGAGUCUGCCUUUGACAAGGCCAAGGCACAGAGCGCGUUCCAGCAGCAGACUCUCGAAAUGAACAACAUGAAAAACACGUAUAUAAUCGCCGUCAAUGUGACCAACAAGCACAAGGAGAAGUACUAUCAUGAAUAUCUGCCCGAGGUCAUGGACAGCCUCCAGGACCUCUCGGAAUUCCGCACACUCAGACUGAACGGGCUGUGGUCCCUAGCUGCCCAGCUCGAGGGCACCCUGCUUCAGCAGAGCACAGGCCAGGUCGAGCGCUUGUCGCAGGAGAUCACCCGGAACCAGCCCCAUCUGGACUCGAUGAUGUACAUCACGCACAACAUGGGCGGUUUCCAAGAGCCUCCUGACAAAGUGUUCGAGCCGAGCCCGGUGUGGCACGACGACGAUGCGAUGGUGGUGGACGAGCCAGCCAAGAUCUUCCUGCGGAACGUGCUCAACAAGUCCAAGAGCCAGCUCGGAGACUUGCGGCGCGAAGUCGACCGGAAGAGGCGAGAGGUGGAGUCAAUGAAGCGCGUGAAACAGAAGAUCCGGGACGGGACAGAGAACAAGGAUGAAAUUGCGGUGGUGUCGCAAGUGUUCGCGAUGCAGGAAGAGCUGCACCAGGUGGACCGGAAGCGCCUGACAUCGGAGGUCGAGACGUCGACCAUCACGUCGGCCGUGGGCGAUGUUACGCUUGGCGCCAAAAGCCACAACUUCAAGUCGCAGACGUUCAAGAUCCCAACAAACUGUGACUUGUGCGGCGAGAGAAUAUGGGGUCUGUCGGCAAAGGGGUUUGACUGCCGCGAUUGUGGGUAUACGUGCCACAGCAAAUGUGAGAUGAAGGUGCCGGCCGAAUGUCCGGGCGAACAGUCGAAGGAGGAGCGAAAGAAGUUGAAACAAGAGCGCCAGGAGGCGGCAAACGCCCUGCUCAAGCCGGCCGGGACCCCUGACCAUGCCGCCGAGCUGCCCAACCUUAGUCGGACCAAUACGAUGAAUUCGCUGAGCUCUGGAUACGCAGCGAGCGCGCAGAGGUCCAUGACGGGACCUCUAUCGCCCGCCGAGGACACGACGCCGGAGCUGCCGGCGGCACCGAUUUCUCGGCCAACGCCCGCAAGCACACUGACGGCGAGCACGCUUCGCAAGAACCGCGUCGUAGCUCCUCCGCCCUCCGAGUACAUUAGUGAGUUGCCGGGUAGCGCUCCCAACGGUCCGCCGGUAUCUCGGACGUCGGAGCAGAAGGGGAAAAUGAUGUAUACUUUUGAAGCCGGCGGGGACGGCGAGGUAUCUGUGCCAGAGGGGCGCGAGGUUGUUGUUUUAGAACCCGACACUGGAUCCGGCUGGGUCAAAGUCCGGGCUGGCUACAAAGAGGGCCUAGUGCCCGCGUCUUAUAUCGAGGUGUCGGCGCCCUCGGCCAUCGCGCCCCAGCACACGGGGCAGUCGGCGCGCCCGGCGUCGACGUACUCCAACAGCGGGUCGUCGAUCGGCACCACGGCGCCGGCCAAGAAGAAGGGCCCCGCGGUGGCGCCGAGACGGGGGGCCAAAAAGCUGAGAUAUGCCGAGGCCCUGUACGAUUACACGGCGCAGAGCGACUCAGAGCACAGCAUGGCCGAGGGCGAGCGCUUCGUCCUCAUCAAGGAGGACCAGGGCGACGGCUGGGCCGAUGUCGAAAAGGGCGGCGUCACCAAAAGCGUGCCGGCGAGCUAUAUACAAGUUGUCUAG